AUGUCUUCUCUGACCACUUUCAUCUUCCUUUUCCUUUUCUCAUUCCUCACUACCUUCACAGUUUCUGCUCAAGAACCUAAUGACCUAGCCUAUUGGUGUCCAAAUAGGACAACUUACUCAAGUAACAGCACUUACUUCACCAAUCUUAAAACCCUUUUGUCCUCUCUCUUUUCCCCCAACGCCUCUUAUUCCACCGGAUUUCAAAACGCCACGGUGGGACAAGCCCCCGACAGGGUCACUGGACUUUUCCUUUGCCGCGGAGACCUCUCGCCGGAAGUUUGCCGUAACUGCGUCGCCUUCUCCGUUAACGAAACGUUAACUCGGUGUCCAAAUCAGAGAGAAGUUGUGUUCUAUUACGAUGAAUGCAUGCUCAGAUACUCUCACAAGAAUAUUCUAUCGACGGCCAACACAAACGAAGGAGAAUAUAUCAUGAGGAACCCUAAUAAUAUUUCUCCUAUUCAAAAUCAAACAAACCAGUUUAUAAUUUUGGUGUUAUCUAAUAUGAACCAAGCUGCCACGGAAGCAGCCAACAGUUCUAGAAAAUUCUCUACGAUAAAGACCGAAUUGACCGCACUCCAGACUUUGUACGGGCUCGUUCAAUGCACUCCUGAUCUUUCAAGAGAAAACUGCAUGAGUUGUCUGACAAGUUCCAUCAAUAGACUGCCAUUUUCUAGAAUUGGAGCAAGACAUCUUUGGCCAAGUUGUAAUUCAAGGUACGAGCUUUACGCGUUCUACGACGAAACUGCCAUUGGUACACCACCACCACCACCACCACUGCCGCUGCGGUUUCCAGGGUCUACGCCUCCGUUGGCAUCUCCUUCACUACCUGGUAAAAGUGGGAAUUCAAAUUUGUUAGUGGUAGCCAUUGUUGUGCCUAUCAUAGUGGCUGUUCUGCUUCUCAUAGCUGGUUAUUGUUUUUAUGCAAAGAGGGCAAAGAAGACUUAUGGCACAGCACCUGCUUUAGAUGAAGAUGAUAAAACAACCAUAGAGUCUCUGCAACUUGAUUAUAGAGCAAUUCAAGCUACAACAAAUGAUUUUUCAGAGAAUAAUAAAAUUGGUCGAGGUGGAUUUGGUGACGUUUACAAGGGUACAUUUUCAAAUGGAACCGAAGUUGCAGUGAAGAGACUGUCGAAAACAUCAGAACAAGGUGACACAGAAUUCAAGAACGAGGUUGUUGUUGUUGCAAAUCUUCGGCACAAAAAUCUGGUUAGGAUUCUCGGAUUUUCUAUAGAAGGAGAAGAAAGGAUAUUGGUCUAUGAGUAUGUGGAAAAUAAAAGCCUUGAUAACUUCCUAUUUGAUCCUGCAAAGAAAGGUCAGCUGUACUGGACACAGCGAUACUAUAUCAUUAGUGGGAUUGCUAGAGGGAUCCUAUAUCUUCAUCAAGAUUCACGACUCACAAUCAUACACCGUGACCUUAAAGCGAGUAACAUUCUCCUGGAUGCAGAUAUGAAUCCUAAAAUUGCUGAUUUUGGAAUGGCAAGGAUCUUUGGAAUGGAUCAAACCCAGCAGAACACAAGCAGAAUAGUUGGUACCUACGGUUACAUGUCUCCUGAAUAUGCGAUGCGUGGCCAAUUCUCAAUGAAAUCUGAUGUCUACAGUUUUGGAGUAUUAGUUCUUGAGAUUAUAAGCGGUAGGAAGAAUAACAGCUUCAACGAGACAGAUGACGCACAAGACUUGGUGACACAUGCUUGGAGGCUUUGGAGAAACGGAACAACAUUAGACCUGGUGGAUCCAAUCAUUGUAGAUGACUGCCAAAAUAGUGAAGUGGUUCGAUGCAUCCAUAUCGGUCUUUUAUGUGUUCAAGAAAGUCCAGUAGAGCGUCCUGCCUUGUCAACCAUUUCCGUGAUGCUCACUAGUAAUACAAUGACUUUACCAAUGCCUCAGCAACCAGGGUUUUUUGGAAGGAGUAUACCUGGAACAAACCCGCUUGAUUCAGAUCAAUCAAUGACCAGCAAGUCUGUUCCAGUAGCUAUUGACGAUUCAUCGAUAUCUGAUUUAUACCCUCGUUGAAUAUGGUGUAAUUAAACCUUACGAUUGAAAUCAAGUUUAAGCAUAUAUUUCAUAUUUCUAGACUUGAUGAACUAUGUUUAUUGUUAGUUUUGAUUUGGUUUGUUAAAACCACAUGUAAUUUGGUUUGAUUCUUAGUUCAAGAAUAAUUAAUUUAGUCUCAGCUA